UACAUUUGAUCAUUACAUCUGAACAAGCACGGAAAAUAAAGCGUUGUGGGAUUUAUUGAAAGGGUCUAAAGAUUUGUGAACAUUUUAAUCAUUUUAAAGUCAUUACAGCAGAUCUGGAAUGCUUGACGAACGAAAUGUUUAUACCAAGAAUAUAUGAUGGCCUUUCUUUAAAUCCAGGAGCAAAAGAAUAUCAAAACUGGCUGAGGGAAGUUUAGUUAAGAAACUUAAACUAACUUGGAGCAAGAAAAUAAUAAUCACAUUCCUUCUCGAACAUCGUAUCACUCAUCUGUCUACUUUUCUUGAUCAAAUAUGGCUUACAAUCGAGGUGUGUGAGACAAAAACGACGGUUUUCGGAAUAAAACAUUCUAGAAGCUCUUCCUCGUCCGCCAUUUUGACCCGGGCGCCUGCGAUAAAUUCAGCGGAAAACCAUAAUGCGCAACCUCAGUUGAGAUUUAAAUUAGCCAAUCAGCGGUUUUCAAGUCGUGUCUAUUAAUAGAGAUCUAGCUGGCCACGUGGUCACAACAGGGAGUUCCUUCUAAAUGUUCGCUAGAUUGCCGGUACAAAUACUAGUAAAUAAUCUGAUACGGUGCAAAUCUAUUCACAAUAUCUUAAAGAUGGCUGGAGGAAGAAAAGAAUUCGAAGAACUUGUAGAGAAAUUGGAGAUCAAGAGUCAUACGAUUGAACAUCCUGAGGUUUUCACUGUUGAAACCAUGAUGCCUUAUUUGGGAGAAGCCAAGGGAGCCGUGUGUAAGAAUCUUUUUCUCAAAGACAAAAAGAAGAAAGGACUUUGGUUAAUAUGUACUUUGGCUGAGAAACAAGUUAACCUGACCGAUUUAGCAAAGAAAGUAGGCGCUCCCGGUGGAUUUCGAUUUGCAGACGAGUCUUUGAUGGUAGAAAAACUUGGUGUGGGUCAGGGUUGUGCCACUGGAUACUCUAUAUUCAACGAUACAAACCAAGAUAUAAAACUUGUUCUAGACGAAGAAUUAACUGAUUCAGGGAAACACGAAAUGAUUUAUUUUCAUCCCAUGGUUAACUCGGCAARCACAGGAAUGUCACCAGAUGAUUUUUUGAAGUUUGCUAAAGAAACAGGCCAUGAACCCAUUGUGGUGAAAUUCUGAUGCAGGCAUGGACUGCAAAUUUGUAAGUUAUCUAUACACAGGACUUUGAGAUAAACAUUGAAUAAACUUAAUCAUGUACUGUAGACCUCUAGCUAAAAGAUGCUUUUAGUCGUUUCAGACAUUUCCAGAUGAAGCUACAACGCUCAAGAAAAUUAGUCGAAUGUACUGCCUAUUUUUAAUAGAGUUACCACAGUAAAUCCGUGAAAAUUAGUAAUACUAAAUAGCACAAUUUGAUGCAAAUUCCAUCGUUUUCUAUUGUUAACUAACACUAUUUUGUACUAUUAUUUUAGUAAUUAGUGUUUCACGGAUUUACUGUGGUCACUCUACAAAACUAAUUUCCCGAGGGACCAGACAGUAAGUGUUUCGUUAUUAGCAAUAAUUAAGAAAUAUUGAGAAGCCAGUUUACGAAAUAAGAACUUUAUUUAGCAAGCUAAAUGUAUGAAAACUGACCAUAACUUUACAAAUACAACUCACAUACCGUCUCGUGUUUCUAUACCAAAAAGUGAGGAGUAGCAACAGCAUCUUCAGUCGCUUUUUUUGUAUUUUCCGAAUCCUUUUUCUCAAUAAAAGUCUGUAAUUUCUCUGUAUAAA